AUGGGGACCACGCCCCCUCCAGCCGGGCCCCGCCCACACACCUGGGGACCCCGCCCCCUCCAGCCCGGCCCCGCUCACACACUGUCACAGUGGGCCCCCGCCCCCUCCCGCAGGGCUCCGCCCACACACCUAGAGACCCCGCCCCCUCCCGCCGGGCUCCUCCCACACACUGACACCGAGGGACCCCGCCCCCUCCCGCAGGGCUCCGCCCUCACAGACAGAGGGACCCCGCCCCCUCCCGCCGGGCUCCGCCCUCACAGACAGAGGGACCCCGCCCCCUCCCGCCGGGCUCCGCCCUCACAGACAGAGGGACCCCGCCCCCUCCCGCCGGGAGAGAGAGACAAGGAGAGAGACAGACCGAGAGAGAGAGAGAGACAAGGAGAGAGACAGACCGAGAGAGAAGGAGAGAGACAGACCGAGAGAGAAGGAGAGAGACAGACCGAGAGAGAGAGAAGGAGAGAGAGAGACAGACCGAGAGAGAGAGAAGGAGAGAGACAGACCAAGAGAGAGAGAGACAAGGAGAGAGAGAGAUCGAGAGAGAGAGAGACAGACCGAGAAGGAGAGAGACCGAGAGAGAGAGACAAGGAGAGAGACAGACCGAGAGAGAGAGAGAGAGAGAGACAAGGAGAGAGACAGACAGAGAGAGAGAGAGAGAGAGACAAGGAGAGAGAGAGAUCGAGAGAGAGAGACAGACCGAGAAGGAGAGAGAGACAAGGAGAGAGACAAGGAGAGAGACAGAUCGAGAGAGAGAGACAGACAGACCGAGAGAGAGACAGACAGACAGAGAGGACUGAGAGAGAGAGAGAGACAAGGAGAGAGAGAGAUCGAGAGAGAGAGACAGACAGACAGAGAGAGACAGACAGAGAGAGAGAGAGAGACAAGGAGAGAGACAGAUCGAGAGAGAGAGACAGACAGACAGAGAGAGACAGACUGAGAGAGAGAGAGAGAGAGACAGGCACACCGAGAGAGAGAGAGAGUCAAGGAGAUAAAGAGAGAGAGAGAGAGAGACAAGACAAGGAGAUAGAGAGAGAGAGAGAGAGACAAGACAAGGAGAUAGAGAGAGAGACAGACAGACAGACAGACCAAGAGAGAGAGACAGACAGACAAGGAGAUAGAGAGAGACAGACAGAGAGAGAGACAGACAGAUACAAGGAGGUAGAGAGAGAGAGAGAGAGACAGAAACAGAGACAGACUGAGAGAGAGACCAAAAAGGAAAUAGAGAGAGACAGACAGACAGACCAAGAGAGAGAGAGAGAGACAAGGAGAGAGAGAGAGAGACAGACUGAGAGAAAGAGACAAGGAGAGAGACAGACUGCGUGUGUGUGUGUGAGAGAGAGAGAGAGACACUCGCAGACAGGAAGAGAGACAGCUAGGGAGCGAGGAGAGGGAGAGAGAGGAGAGGGAUUGGGUUCCCAGCAGGCGGUCUGUGAGGCCCUGCCGAAAUGGCUUCCUUCCUGUCAUGGAGGGGCCUGAACAUCGGGGAGCCUGGCCAUCCCUGCUCCAAGGUCUCGGCCAACGAUUGCUGCGAGUACCUGGGUCAGGUCCUGCUGAACUCCUUCGGUACUGCCAUCGGCAUCAUCAUCGUGGUCAACACCAUCUUCCUGUUCUACUCGAAACUGAGAAAUACAGCAUCGUCUUGCAAAUAUAAGAUCCAGCAAGUGAAAAGUAAAUCCUAUUUGGAAGUGGCUGGGCCGGCUGUCCCCUGCAGCGAUGGGAAAGGCCUGUUCUCCGACCUCUCCCGCUGCCUGAAGUCGGCCACGUCGCUGCUGCUCUCGCCGCUGACCCGCGCCGGCCCUGUCCCCAGGGAGGAGCCGGGACCCCCCGCCAAGACCACCAGCGUUCGCCAG